AAAUCAACCCCCAACUAUCUUCUUCGCCGAACCCUUCGUCCCCGACCUUUCGCAGGAGAAGCCCUUCGAGGAACUCCCUGCGCCCCGACAAUGGCGGAUAGAGGUGGAAAGGGGUGGUCUGCGGGGAAGGGGAAGGCCCCUUCGGUCCCAAACCAAGGAGCUCUGAAUGGAGAAGAUCCCGCAUCUUUCAAGAGGCCAGUGCAUGUUGACAUAGAUUCUUCAGAUGAAUCUGAAGGUUUUAUUGAGGAUCAAAGUCAGGCUUCUGGAAAGUCGAAUGGAAAGGCACCAAAGAAGGUCCCACUUGAUGGUUUAAAAACUGGUGGAAAGGCUUCAAAUUUGGCCUCAGCUGGUAAAGGUGACUCGGGCAAAGGGGGAAAAUCUUUUAAUGCAGGGAAGGCUGAGGGAAAAGGAUCGCUACCGCAUGCAAAGCCUCCUACAGCGGAAGUAGAUCUGAAGUUAGAGCUAGAUAUUCCAAAAAAUUCUAGAGUACUAAUGGAUUGUGAAGCAGCAGAAGUAUUGCAAGAUAUCCAUGACCACAUGACUAUCUUAUCGGAGGACCCUACAAUAAAAAUACCUGAAUCCUUCAACAAAGCAUUCCAGUAUUCGAAAAAUGGUAGCCAGUAUACUGAUGCAAAGUCUGUGAGACAAGUGUUAGAAACUCUUAAAACUUGUGGGGUCAAUGAUGGCGAGAUAUGCAUGAUAGGUAAUGUUUGUCCAGAGACUGUUGAAGAAGCUUAUGGUCUUGUACCGUCACUGAAGGCCAAUAGACAAACGAAUGAAGGACCAAUCAGGGAAGCACUUACUACCCUGGUGAAGUUGAAAAGUUCUAAGUAAACCCCCAUAAGGAGGUGCCCUCAAAUCUCUGUAGGCACUCGAGAGGAAUAACGGAGUUUCGACAGGCAUGGACUCCUGCGAUUUUUCUCGUAAUUUUGGGUACUUAUUUGUACAUAUUUGUCAGAUUCAUCUAUUUCCCGGGCACCUGUGUAUUCGACAAAUUUUCUUUUCAAGUGGAUGCUAUUAACAUAUGCCUGUAAUAGGAUGGAAAUUGUUCGUCUUAGCGGUUCUUUGGAUUCAGCUGAAGACCUUGUCGUCUUGCCUAAAUUUAUGAAAAAUCCUUUUUGUCUCUGAAGAUAA